AUGUAUCCCUUUUUAAAUGCCAGUGUUCUGAAUCUCUUGAGCUGUGGGCGGUUAGCGUGCUUCCAGGAACAUAGCUUCAUUCCAAUCCUCGAGAAAACUGCUCCUGAUCUAUUCAUUAUCUCAAGCAACUUCGAUUCAGAAAUAUAUCGUAUCAAUUACCCAAGAACUGUAUUACAACUUCUCAUACUUCUCGUUUACCGUGGUGUCAGAAGGGAGGAAGGCUCAAUUGCCAAGAUGGCAUCGAGUUCGGGGCAAGGCAGCGAGCCUCCUCCCGAAUCCAACGCCAUUCAAGUUGGGGAGAGAUGGGGAGAUCGGCUCAGUGACGGAGCAGGAAACGGAGGAGUCGGUUUUCCUCUACAGACACAUUCAACAGUUGUAACACCCUGUCAGGCUGCAGUGGAACAGCAUGACUUUGGACGCAGUGGAAGGGAGCAAAAUGGAGAAGGAUUUGACGAAGAAGAACUGGACAACACACCUAGACAAUCCUCAAUUUCGUGGCGCCGGAUUCGACCCUUCUUUUUCGAGAAAUUAUUUCCAGGGUUGGCCACGGUGAACACUGUUUACUUGGUUCUCAACAUCGGGAAUGAUGAUUUGCUACGGGAUUCUCAAUACCGGCAGCAUGAGAGAGUAUGGUGA